AUGGAGAUGCAGUCCUAUUAUGCCAAGCUCUUGGGGGAGUUGAAUGAACAGCGGAAGAGGGACUUUUUCUGUGACUGCAGCAUCAUUGUGGAAGGGCGCAUCUUUAAGGCUCACAGGAACAUUUUGUUUGCUAACAGCGGCUACUUCCGAGCCCUGCUCAUUCACUAUAUCCAGGACAGUGGACGGCACAGCACUGCCUCCUUGGACAUCGUCACCUCUGACGCCUUCUCCACCAUCUUGGAUUUCCUUUAUUCUGGGAAGUUGGAUUUAUGUGGGGAGAAUGUGAUCGAAGUUAUGUCAGCUGCCAGCUACCUGCAGAUGAAUGACGUGGUGAACUUCUGCAAGACAUACAUCAGGUCGUCCCUUGAUAUUUGCCGAAAGAUGGAGAAGGAGGCUGCUGUGGCGGCAGCGGUGGCGGCGGCGGCGGCGGCGGCAGCAGCUGCAGCAGCUCAUCAGGUUGACGGUGGAAGCCCCAGCUCAGGCAGGGAGGGGACCUCCUGUGGCACCAAGAGCUUGGUGUCCUCUCCAGCCAAGGGAGAAGAGAAUGUGGACUGCACAAGAGAAUCCCCUUGCGAUGACUGUGGGGACUGCCACCCCUUGGAACUGGUGGUAAAAGACAACCAGGGUGGUGGCUCAGCUGAUAGUGACUUCUCCACUCUGCCCAAACGGGUGGAACCCAAGGUGGAAUUUGAUGCCGCUGAAGUAGAGGUGGAGGUGGGCGCGCAGCUGCAGCAGUUCGCUGCCCCGCUGAGUCUGGCCCACGUGGAGGAAGCCUUGCCCAGCAGCCAGGCCAUGGACUUGGCUUACAGUAACUACCACGUGAAGCAGUUCCUCGAGGCACUCUUGCGCAAUGGUGCUGUUCAGAGCAAAGAUGAGGCGGACCAUCACUUCCCUCGGGGCUUGGAGGGAAGACCGGAAGGUGCAGGGGUAGCCAUGAGUUCCAUGAUGGAUGUCCAGACUGACUGGUACGGAGAGGACUCAGGUGAUGUGUUGGUGGUCCCCAUCAAGCUGCACAAGUGUCCUUUCUGCCCGUACACUGCCAAACAGAAGGGCAUCCUCAAGCGGCACAUCCGCUCGCACACUGGCGAGCGGCCCUACCCCUGCGAGACCUGCGGCAAGCGGUUCACCAGGCAGGAGCACCUGCGGAGCCACGCCCUGAGCGUGCACAGAUCCAACCGCCCAAUCAUCUGCAAGGGCUGCAGAAGAACCUUCACGAGCCACCUCUCUCAGGGGCUGCGACGCUUUGGGCUGUGUGACAGCUGCACCUGUGUUACAGACACUCACGAUGACGAUGACGAUUUGAUGCCCAUCAACCUUAGCCUGGUGGAGGCGUCCUCUGAAAGCCAAGAGAAGAGUGACACAGACAAUGACUGGCCAAUCUACGUGGAGUCUGGCGAGGAGAACGACCCGGCCGGAGAAGAUUCUGAUGACAAACCACUAAUUCGGUCCAACCUAUCCGACCGGGAGACACUGACAUAGCAAUAAGUGGGUGGGGAAGACAUGUUAGGAUGUGUUCUUGCUCCUUCUGUGGGGAAAGCCACCGUUCGUUCGAUUUUGUGCAACCCUGGGAGGAACUUUUUUUUUUUCAUUGUUACUAUGGUUGCAUUUUUGUGAGGGUGCUCUGGCAGAGGCUGAAUUUUGUGACUUAAAAGACUGAUAGCUUUUCAGUGUGGUACUCUCAGUUUCUGAGGGCUUUUCUGACCAUUCCUUAAUUCUGAAUGAAUUGAGGUUGGCCCAGAGGUUUCCUGUGUUUCCUGCUGGGCAUCCAGCCUCUGGUUAGGAAGAAAAUAAGAAAGUCCAAAUGCUUGUUUUCACAUUGUUCCAAUCUUCUGCAUCCCUUUCUUCUCUCUCUUUUUUUUUUUUUCUCUUUUUGUGUGGUGCUGGGGAUUGAACCCAGGGCCUUGUGCAUGUGAGGCAAGCACUCUACCAACUGAGCUAUAGCCCCAACCCCUGCAUUCCUUUUUUAACAUCCUUUUUCUCUGCAAAGGUGGUCAAGAAUAUAUUAAGUUUUGGGAUCAGUCUUCCCUUUGUCCAGCCUGUCCUAAUGAAUUCCACAUUUUAAUUUUCUGGCAAUGUAUUAAAGGAAAAAUGUCUUUGAUAUGAAAUAGGCUGACUGCAUGAUCAUAAAAGAUAUUCCAAAACUACAGUUUUAAAGACUGGGGGUAUUUACGUGCAGACAAGCCUGGAAAUGAACUGAAAGGUUCAUUAGGGCUUCCCACUUGCCCAGUUGAAUUAUAUUUUAUAUUAUUUUAUUUUAUAAUUCCCAAGAAGAGAGCUGUGAGCCAGGGCUGGGUGGUUUCCCUGUCUGGUUUGGUAUUCAGUGAUUCUACACACACGAAUAACCUGUUCUAAGAUCAUAACACAAGUUACUUGGGCAAAACUCAAAGUGCUGCCCUACUUGUUCCAGCCAUUUCCAAGGGACAUCACUGUGUAACACAGAAAUGUAGCCACCUAUGACAUUCUUUUAUUUAGUUUAUGCCCAGAACUUUAGUUGGAAGGAAAGUAUAAGUCCAUCUAAACACAUUCGAUUACUGAAUCAUUUACCUUUUAAAAGACCCUCUCAAAAGAAGAAAAAGUUAAUUGAAGAGAUUUCUAAACCAAUCUGCUUUUCACCCACUCUGCAUCUAUACAAUCAUUCUAACAAAAGAGGCUGGACAUCUUUAAAGAUGAGAGAGAGCAUAGGCUUUAGGAGAUACUAGGGACGAAGGAUGUACUUGAAAGCACUUUCAAAUUUUGUCUUAUAUUAAAGUAUCCAAAAUGGAUUUUAAAAGAAAUCCCUAAUUUGUCUUCCUUUAAUUUUCAUACAAUGUUUUUCAAAAAGUGAUAAAAUCCCUUUUUUUUCUGCCUCUGGA